GUCUGACUAUCCUGUAAGUAUCUACUGCUAAAUACCUUGAUCAUAAUUAGCAACCACAUUGCAUGGGAGCCAGUCUUAUACAAUCACUUCCUAUGCAUCCCACUUUACAAUCUAUUCGAAGUCUCGCUACCACACACGCUGUGAGAAAUGCUACUCGCAGCCACAAGAUCGUGGUGGUCGGCGGUGGAUCCUCCGGUAUAGCUUUGAGCCAUCAAUUCCUCCGAAAAGGCAACUUCGCGCAAGACGACAUUGCCAUUAUCGACCCAGCAACCUGGCAUCAUUAUCAACCAGGCUGGACACUCGUUGGCGGGGGCCUCAAGAAGAAGGAAGAAUUACGUCGACCGAUGGAAAGCUUGAUGCACCGGAAGUUCAAAUUCUACAAUACCACAGUCAGCGAAUUUGCCCCUACGCAAAACUACGUCACCCUCGCAGACGGCGAUAGGAUCAGCUACGAACAACUUGUGGUCGUACCAGGUAUCAAGGUUGAUACCGACAGUGUGAAGGGCUUGUCUGAAGCGCUUGCCGACCCAGAUGCAGCUGUAUCGUCAAUUUACCAGUACGAGUAUUGCGACAAGACCUUUCGCACCAUCAAAAAGUUCAAUCGAGGCUCCGCGCUUUUUACACAGCCCGCUGGCAUCGUCAAAUGCGCUGGCGCACCCCAGAAAAUCAUGUGGCUCGCACUCGACCACUGGAAACGAGCUGGCCUCUACCACGCGAGUGGGAAAUCAGCGAUCAACGUUUCCUUUGCCACUGGCUUGCCUGCCAUGUUCGGUGUACCCAAAUAUGCUGCGAAGCUUGAUGAGCUCCGGGUAGAAAGAGGUGUGGAAGGGCUGUUCGAACAUGAUCUCGUAGCCAUAGAGGGCAACACGGCGAUAUUUGCUCGGCCUGAGCAAGCAGAGCUCAAGAAGCACUUCGAUUUUCUGCACGUUGCGCCGAAGAAUCGACCACACGCAUUUGUCAAGAACAGUCCUCUCGCAAACGAGGCGGGCUUCGUUGACGUUGACGAUGCAACUACGCGUCACAAAUUCUACCCAAACGUGUGGUCUAUUGGUGACGCAUCGAGUCUGCCGACUUCUAAGACUGUGGCUGCCAUCACGUCGCAGGCGCCAGUUCUAGUUUCAAAUCUUAUGCAAGCGCUGCAAGGAAAAGCCCCGGUGUCAACUUACGACGGAUACACAUCGUGUCCGCUUCUGGUAGGUAACAAGGAAGUUCUCCUCGCAGAGUUCAAGUACGGUGGACAGCCAAAAGAAACAUUUGGUCGAUUGUUGGGUAUCGAUCAAGCUGUUCCGCGCCGGGCAUUUUACCACUUGAAAAAGGACUUCUUUCCCUGGGUGUAUGGGAACUUCCAUGUGAACGGCACCUGGGCGGGGCCGAAGGGUUUUACCUGGUGACGACGCGGGUGUGUUUAAAAUAGAGGAGGUAUUGUAGCGAUACGAACGCAACUUUUGAAAUCAAUCGAUGUCUAUUCGGA